AAUGACAGAGGAGGCGGUGGUCAAAGAACGGAAGCCGGGAGGGAACGAGGGCGAAAGGGGACCCGGGCCAGGCUGGUGUUCGGAGUCUUGGCGGGGCUGGGGUUCCGAUGUGGUCCCCGGAGCGGGAGGCCGAAGUCCCGGCCGGGGGAGACCCGGCGGGCCUACUGCCCCCCGAGUGGGAGGAGGACGAGGAGCGCAUGUCCUUCCUGUUCUCCGCCUUCAAAAGGAGUCGCGAGGUGAACAGCACCGACUGGGACAGCAAGAUGGGCUUCUGGGCGCCGUUGGUGCUGAGCCACAGCCGCCGCCAGGGGGUGGUGCGCCUGCGACUGCGGGACUUGCAGGAGGCCUUCCAGCGCAAGGGGGACAUUGCGUUACGCCUACUGUAUGCCCUUUUCUUUCUUUGCAGUCGCGGGGAGCUGCAGCGGGAGUCAGACUUCAUGGCUAGUGUAGACAGCAGCUGGAUCUCCUGGGGGGUCGGAGUCUUCCUGCUGAAGCCCCUCAAGUGGACUCUUUCCAACGUGCUCGGGGAUAAUAAGGUUCCUGCCGAGGAGGUGCUCGUGGCUGUGGAGCUGCUUAAGGAGAAGGCUGAGGAGGUGUAUCGUCUGUAUCAGAACUCCCCUCUCUCCUCCCACCCUGUGGUGGCCCUGUCGGAGCUGAGCACCCUCUGUGUGGGCCCCUGUCCCGACGAGAGGACCUUCUACUUGGUGUUGCUGCAGCUACAGAAAGAGAAGAGAGUCACAGUCCUCGAGCAGAAUGGGGAAAAGAUUGUAAAGUUUGCCCGGGGGCCACAUGCCAAGGUCUCUCCUGUCAACGACGUAGAUGUUGGGGUGUACCAGCUGAUGCAGAGUGAACAGCUGCUCUCGCGCAAAGUGGAGUCCUUAUCCCAGGAAGCAGAGAGGUGUAAGGAAGAAGCCCGCCGAGCAUGCCGAACAGGAAAGAAGCAACUGGCACUGAGGUCUCUCAAAGCCAAACAGCGGACAGAGAAGCGCAUUGAGGCCCUGCAUGCCAAGCUGGACACUGUUCAAGGCAUCCUGGACCGGAUCUAUGCCUCCCAGACGGAUCAGAUGGUUUUCAACGCUUAUCAGGCUGGGGUAGGAGCCCUAAAACUCUCCAUGAAGGAUGUCACAGUGGAGAAGGCGGAGAGCCUCGUGGACCAGAUUCAGGAGCUGUGUGACACCCAGGAUGAAGUUUCUCAGACUCUGGCUGGUGGGGUAACCAAUGGCUUAGAUUUUGACAAUGAGGAACUAGAGAAGGAAUUGGACAUCCUUCUUCAGGAUACCACCAAAGAACCUUUGGAUCUGCCCGACAACCCCCAUGAGUUGUUUUAUACCAACAGUGUGCCUAUCCCUAGGAUCUCGGACGCUGAACUUGAAGCUGAACUUGAGAAACUGUCCUUAUCAGAUGGAGGUUUGGUCCCAAGCAGGAAAUCUCCAAAAAGGCAAUUGGAACCGACUCUCUAAGCCAUUGUUUGACCCUCAAGUGAAGGACCUUCCUAUAAAAGAGAGACCGGCUUGUAUGUGUGUACAUAGUUAUUUAAAUGGGAAACCCUCAGAGGAGGAAGGAGAGCCGCUCUGAUUUAUCUGGAUGCUGCCACGUACUACAGGACAGAUCGUUUCUGGACGCGUGCUUCAGAGGCCUGCUCCCAGCUGGCAUCGUGGACUUGCCUUGUCAUCUUUAUAGUGCCACAAUUUAUACAGUUCUGUGUUUGCCCUGUC